AUGGGUCGAUUAGCAGAGGUAGCUAGUGAUCAAUCAUCUGAACAAUGCAAAACUUUCGUAUUUAUGGGUGAAGGUUAUACUUUAGGAAAUUCUUUGGUGGCCAUAAUUUCACAGAACCCUGACGUGGAAUUUUGUGCCUGUUUCGUCAAUCAUCCAGCAGAAGGAAAUAUUUACUUGCGGAUUCAAGCAAAAAAGGGAAAAGCAAUAGAUGUACUAAAAAAAGGAUUGCAGGACUUUGAAAAGAUCUGUGAUCACACUUUAGACACUUUUAAUACCUCUUAUGAACAAUUUAAAAACUCAAAGGACACAUCCAUGGAUAGUACAUAA